UUCCUCUGCUCGCUGCCGUGCUGCGCCGGAGACGGAGAUGGAGGUCGACAUGGACAUGCCAGAUCCGGAGGAGCUCGAGUGGAUGGAGAGCAACGGCCUCCUCCCGGAAGAAGAGGAGUACGCCUACUUCGACGACCCCGAGGAGGGCUUCCUCCCGGCCGCCGCCGUCGCGAGCAAACCGCAGGACCCCCCGCAGGUGGCCGCCGCAUCCCCUGCAAAGCCGGCAGAGGAAGUGCCGGAAGCCAAUCUGAAGCGGCCUCCCCCUCCGCCCCCGCCGGAGCAGGAGGAGGAGAGGAGCAAGCGGAGGAACGUGGAGCGGGAGGAUCCGGUGGACGAGGACUGGCUGCGGUACUCGCCCCCUCCCGCCGCUGAAGUCGUCGCCGAGAAGACAGUAUCGCGGUUCGCAUCGGAGAUCCAGGGGGACUCUAUGCCCGUCACAGCGCCCAACGGAGAGAGGGUUUAUGCUAAGCUCGCGACGGAGAAAUUGGUUAGCGAAGUUAUUGAGGGAGCUAGGCGACGAGCUUCGAACACCAACCACACGGGUCUUCUCUCUGAAUCCUUUCAGUCACUAACAAUGCGAGCGGAGCAAGAUGCUCUAGCAAAGGCCUUGCUGGAAAGCACAGACACACAAUAUGUUGAGGGUUGUCCAGUGACUCCAGUAGUUACAGAACAACUUUGGGUGGAGAAAUAUGCACCACACUCUUUCACAGAGCUGUUAAGUGAUGAACACACAAACAGGGAGGUACUUCUAUGGUUGAAACAAUGGGACUCCUGUGUGUUUGGUUCCCAUAUUCGGGCUACAAGUGAUGAUACUUUAUCUGCCUUACGUCAGCAUUCUUGUGCCAUCCAGAAAAACUCAAGUAACAGAAGUUUCUUUUCCAAGAUUAAGGGAGGCUAUGUCACGAGUCGAGAUAGCAUGCCCCAAAAUGAAUCUGGUAGCAACUCAGAAGAUUUGAAAAACAACUUUAACAAAAAGCCCUCUGUCGAUAAUGCGCCAGAACAAAAGGUGUUGCUACUAUGUGGCCCGGCUGGCCUUGGGAAGACAACACUUGCUCAUGUGGCAGCCAAACAUUGUGGCUACCAUGUUGUGGAGAUAAAUGCCAGUGAUGAUCGUUCUGCUUCAUCCAUUGAACCAAAAAUUCUUGAUGUAGUUCAGAUGAACUCUAUCAUGUCAGAUUCCAAACCUAAGUGUCUGGUAAUUGAUGAAAUUGAUGGAGCGCUUGGUGAUGGAAAAGGGGCUGUGGAGGUUAUUUUAAAGAUGAUCAAUGCUGAAAAGAACAAAAAUUCUGACAGUAGUACUGGUACAGAUGAAACUCCAGUACAAAAGGCUUCUACAAGGAAAGGUCAUAAAAUAGCAAAACUGUUGAGGCCUAUAAUUUGUAUUUGCAAUGACCUUUAUGCCCCAGCCUUGAGAAAACUACGUCAAGUUGCCAAGGUUCAUAUUUUUGUGCAGCCAACAAUUAGUCGUGUGGUGAACAGGCUCAAGUACAUAUGCAAGAAGGAAGGAUUUAAGACAAGUUCAAUUGCCCUUUCUGCAUUAGCAGAUUACACUGAAUGUGACAUUCGAUCAUGCCUGAACACACUUCAAUUUCUGAACAAGAAAAGAGAGGCACUAAACAUUUCAGGGUUUGAGUCACAAGUCAUUGGACGGAAGGACAUGUCAAAAAGCAUCUUUGAUGUUUGGAAACAGGUUCUUCAAAAGAAAAAACCCAAGCGGGCAGAAAUGGCUGAUAGUCAUGUGAGUGGAGACAAGGACAUUGGUUCUCUGUUCUCACUCAUAUCUAACCGUGGUGACUAUGAUGUUACUAUGGAUGGGAUUCACGAAAACCUCUUAAGACUCUCUUACCAUGACCCAAUGUUGCAGAAGACGGUGAAAUGCCUUGAUGUACUUGGAGUUUCUGAUUCUUUGACGCAAUAUGUUUAUCGAACACAACAUAUGUCAAUCCAAGCAUAUCAACCUUCUAUUGCUAUCACUAUAAGCCGUAUGGUUGCUCAAGUUGAGAAGCCAAAUAUUGAGUGGCCAAAAGCUUUGCAAAGGUGCCGAGCAGUGCUUUUGGAAAAGAAGGAUACAUUGAAGACCUGGCAAAAUCGAAUGUCACCGCUCAUUUCAAGGCACCUGUCUGUGGAAUCUUUUGUUGAAGACAUUGCUUCCCCCUUUUUACAUAUUCUUUCCCCAUUGAGUUUGAGACCUGUGGCACUGAAUUUGCAGUCAGAGAGGGCAAAAAAUGAACUCGUGCAGCUAGUUGAUACUAUGGUUGCUUACUCGGUUACAUACAGAAACACAAAGUUUGAACCUCAAGAAAGGGCAAAUGGAUAUAUUGUGCCAACUGAUAUUCCUUCACUCUCUCUUGACCCUCCAAUCAGUGAUAUCAUAAGCUUUAAGGGCUACCAAUCCGAGCACAUUGGUCUCUCUUUGGCCGUGAAACAGGUCUUGGUGCACGAGGUAGAGAAGCAAAAGAUCAUGAAAGAUAGCGCGGGAAAAUUGUUGAACCAAACUAGUGAAGCAGUUACUAGUGAAGUUUCAACAGUUACAUGCCAGGAAGCAGCAGCUGUUACUGCAUUGGAUUCUUCCAAGGGUAGCUCUAAGCUUAAAUCAGCUACAGUUCCAAUGCAGUUUAACUCAGCCUCUAGUUUGAGGGGUAAAGAUAUGGCACCUGCAAAGAAACCGUCAAGCCGCCCAACUGAUUUCUUUCAUAGCUUUAGGAAAGAAAGACCAGCGGGUGCAAAGAGUCAUAAUGAUGCAGCGCAGCAAGGAGCAACAGUUCAGAGGGACUUGCGCCCACUGAUCUUCAAGUACAAUGAGGGCUAUACAAAUGCCGUUAAAAGACCAGUGAGAGUUCGUGACCUUCUGCUAUAGAUAGGUUCUUCUGAUUUCCUGCACUUUGUCAUGUAAAGUAAUGUUUUCUUCUAUAUUCACUGUAAUAUUAUUUUUGUCGAAUAUACUAAGCUAUUAGGUGGACCUUUCUUGAAAGAAGAUAAUCGGUACUGGCUUAGUGACUAAUUAACUGCUAAAAGGAAAGAAAUGUAAUUGCAAAUGUCCUAUGGGAA